GUGACGAAUGUAGCCACGAGCGUGACGAACGCUUCGUUCGAAAAUAAAACAAGGAAGUGUCCGUUCAUUGUUAAGGAAAAUAAUUAGCGGAUUAAAUAUCUCCUCGAGUCUGGGUCACACCGCUUGGCUGCUGGGGUCCGGGCAGCUGAAGUCACCGUGGACUCGCCCGAGAGCCCGUUUCAGAUCGACUCGAGGAAUUCUGCUUCUAGCCAGCUAGCUAGCUAGCGAUGAAUACGGACGUAGAAUUUCACAUCAGGCAGAAUUAUCCUUGGAACAAGCUCCCUGCUAAUGUCAAACAGAGUUUGGGGAAUUCUCAGCGCGAGUAUGAGAAACACGUUCUCCUCUACAGCAUCCGCAACCAGCUCCGAUUCCGCAAUAACUUAGUGCGGCAUGUGAGGAAGGAUGAGCGGCGGUACUACGAAGAGCUGCUGAAGUACAGCCGGGAUCACCUGAUGCUGUACCCCUACCACCUGUCUGACAUCAUGGUCAAAGGGCUGCGAGUGACUCCAUUCUCAUAUUACAUAGGAAUCAUGGAGGAUAUUAUGAACAGUGAGAAGAGUUAUGACUCCUUGCCCAACUUCACUGCUGCUGACUGUCUGAGGCUGCUUGGUAUUGGGAGAAACCAGUAUAUCGACCUGAUGAACCAGUGCAGGUCCUCCAAAAAAUUUUUCCGCAGGAAAUCGGCCCGGGACCUGCUGCCUGCCAAACCGGUAGAGAUCUCGGUUGAGCCGUGGUGGGUCGCACAGACUGGCUACAUCACUGAGGAUGACAUAAGGAUCUGCUCUCCAGCGGAGAAGAAAGCCAUCGAUAAGAUGAUUGAUUCCGGUCCUCAGCUGGCUGGAUCGAUGGAGUACAAUGUGGUGUUGAGUCUGUACAAUCGGGGCUUUAUCUAUCUGGACGUCCCCAUAUCUGAUGACAGCUGCAUCUCUGUUCCUCCCCUUGAAGGCUUCGUCAUGAACCGCGUCCAGGGUGAUUACUUUGAAACGCUUCUUUACAAAAUCUUUGUGUCCAUUGAUGAGCAAACUAAUGUAGCAGAGCUGGCCAAUGUGUUGGAGAUCGACUUGGAUUUAGUCAAGAAUGCAGUGUCCAUGUACUGUCGUCUUGGCUUUGCCGUAAAGAAAGGUCAAGUGUUCGGCUCAGACCAGCUUCACUCGUCAUGGAAGAACGCUCCGUCUGUGAACAGACUCAAGAGCACUAUGGACCCCCAGAAGAUGCUCCUGUCCUGGGAGCAGGGCAGUCCUGUCAUGGAGGGGGGCUCCUCAGCCACAGACACCGACACUACAAGCCUGGAGGACCAAGGAGACACAGCCAGUGUCAGCAGCCUGAGCAUCCCCGCAGCACCAACUAAAAGGAUUGCCUUCCUCUUUGACUCCACCCUGACUGCCUUUCUCAUGAUGGGCAACCUGUCACCGAACCUGAAGAGUCACGCAGUGACCAUGUUUGAAGUGGGGAAGCUGUCUGAUGAGACUCUUGACAGUUUCCUGGCUGAGCUGGAAAAGGUUGAGAGCACAGCUGAGGGGGAAGCACAGCGUUAUUUUGACCACGCUCUGACCCUUAAAAACACCAUCCUCUUCUUGAGAUACAACAAAGAACUCACUCAGGACCAGGGACCCGAUAUCCCUAACAUUGGCUUCCCCCUGGACAUGCUGCGCUGCGAGAGCCUGCUGGGUCUGGAUCAAGCUACCUGCAGCCGUGUCCUCAACAAGAACUACAAGCUGCUGGUCUCGAUGGCGCCCCUCAGCAACGAGAUCCGACCCAUCAGCAGCUGCACACCUCAGCACAUCGGCCCAGCCAUCCCUGAGGUGAGCUCCAUCUGGUUCAAGCUGUACGUUUAUCACGUGACUGGCCAAGGCCCCCCGUCUUUGCUGCUCUCCAAGGGCUCCAGACUGCGCAAGCUGCCCGACAUCUUCCAGGUGUAUGACAGAUUGUUGAUCACGUCUUGGGGUCAUGACCCAGGAGUCGUACCGACGUCCAACGUGCUGACAAUGCUCAACGACGCCCUCACACACUCUGCUGUUCUAAUCCAGGGUCAUGGUAUGCACGGCCAUGGAGAAACCGUUCACAUCCCCUUCCCUUUUGACGAGGAGGAUCUAAAAGGAGAGUUCUCCUACUCCAACAUGUGUGUGCACAAGGCUCUGCAGAAGCUAAAGGAGCACGUGGAUCUGCGGCACCAGUGCGGCUACGUCACAAUGCUCAACUCCAACAACCGACACCGCCGCAGAGCCAGCGACAGCACCGAGUGCAGAGGAGACACUCAUCUAGGAGGAGGUCUGGACACCAAUGGCAGCACAGAGUCGUUUGAGCUUGUAACAGAGGAGAAUGGCGAGGGCAGAGUCAAGACUGACACGCUUUCAUCUGAAGAUGAGUGGGUCCCUCUUGAACUGUGCUUUGGCAUGCCCCUCUUCAGCUCCGAGCUCAACCGCAAAGUGUGUCGAAAGAUCGCCUCGCACAAACUGUGCAGCAGCGAGAGCCUUCAAGAGCUGCUGCACUCCAGUCGAAAGCUGUCACUGAAGGUGCUGAGCUUCGUUCAGUCAUUCCAGGACGGCAGCCAGCUCUCUGACCUGGACAGCGGGGUGUCCAACCCUCUCAGCCAGCGCCUGGCCGAGUCCGGCGUCCCCCUGCCCUCCCUCAACCUCCUCUUCAAGGAUGGGCAGCUGAGGGAAUGGAGCGGGCGGGCCCCUCCCCCUCUGGACAUCACGGCGCUGCAGAAAGACCAGUCCUCAUAAGAUACUUCAGGCCGUUUUUUUUCUUGUCUCCUCGAGGACAUUAACGAUCCUUCAUCUCGCUGACAUGGAAACGCCCUCAGCUCCCCCUCCUGUCUGUCAGUGAUCCGUCUGAGAGCCAAUCCCCUUCCUGCCCGCCCCCUCGGUCAUUUCUGGUGUUGAUAGCAGUGUUAUUCUUUGGAGUGGUGCUAUAAACACAUUCUAAAACAGAAAUGCAGGUAAAACGGCGUGAAGGAUCCUUUUACUGUAAGUGCUGACCUCCCAGUCGGCGGGGGCUUUCUUUGUUCCUUAGAAGCAGGGUGUAUCGUCAAAUUAUAGCUCUCUAAAGGCCCACAAAUUUAUGGAUUUCUUCAGGUAUCAUUUAACAAUAUGCAUAUUUGAGGACCAAGUCUUUGGACUCAUGAGGUUGGGUUUCUAACAGACCCAGCUGCCUUCUUGUGUUGUCCGAUGUGAAGUAAUCAAAUGCAUGAAACUGUUGCACAACUCAUAGAGACAUACUUUGUGAUUGAUAUUGGGGGCAUUUAUUAUUUGCACUGUGCAGGAUUUCUCCAAAUUUGUGGAACAGCUAAAUAAAUGCCACAUUAUUCUUUUUUUUUUAAUUUAUAGUGAAUCAUUUGUAGUGGUUUUAGAGCUCGUGUUUACCAGGAACACAAAUAUAAAAUUUAUCUGAG